AUGUGGGCGUUGGACAUUCAUUCAUCGAAUUGGCAAAGAACACUCAACCAGGAGGUUGAAAUCUUCGGAUUGGUGAUCCAGGGUUUCUAUAAAGCUGAUAAAAUCCUCCUCCUCCACGCCAACUUUCAAUCUCUGAGCCACGGCUAUUGUGUGUCCUGGAACAGGCCAGCUUCAAGUUCCCAUAUCCCAGGAAUAAAUCUGGGAAGCGUUCAAACCAAAACCCCAUUGAUACCGGCCCUCCUUCCUAUCAAUAGAAAUCUCCCCCACAUUAUCGCCGGAUCGCAGACGACGGACGACAGCACGACGACCAUGAGCCAUACGGCGUCUCACACAUGGUUGUCAAACGAAACACGAGAAUUUGAAGCUUGGGCGAGGGUCCGAGAUAUGAUGGUGUACGUUGCACCGAAAUCCCCCUUCACGCCAAGAACCUUCGGGGCAUGGAUUACCCAUAGACUCGCAUGGAUGGAAGAGGAACGUGGACGUAUUUUCCGCCAAGCUAUGGCAAGACAAGCGAUCGAAAAAGGAUGGCGCGAGCAGGUCCAGGUGGGUCCAGUGCUUGGAGGAAAGAAGCUACUAGAUGGGCUGGCUUUAGUUCUCGCCAGGGAGACUAUUUGGGCACCUCGAAGAGGCUACCACAGCAUUCAUAGUUUUGCCCCUUGGCCCAGCUACGAGGAGCUCAAGCACGAGGGCGAUGACCGGAACAAAUCCGGCUACUCUCGAUUUCCUCCACUCCCCCGCGGUCGUGGGAAUGAGACGGUGAACUGGAAACAACGAGCACCUAUAAAGCAGUAUCGAUUCGACGAAGUCGGCCGUCCAGUGUUGGACACAACGAGUGUUCGUAUUCAGGAUCUUGAAGGUGAGAUCCUGAGGCUUGUUGGUGGCGCUCUGCUAGCCGAGCUAGGGUGGCUGACUGCCAUAUCGUUGCAUCGAGAAGAUUGA